GCGCUGGUCAAUGUGGGGUUGAGGCGCAUGCCGAAUUCCGUUCGCAGCAAUGUUUGGCCGGAGACAUGCAGCUGCUUGCAGGCAACAUUAUUGCAAAUGCAAAGACCCCAAAAGUUCUGAGCACCUCCAGAGCAAACAAUCGCUAGGAGCAACACUCGGGCAAAUCGCAGGUGCAGACCAGAAACGUGGACUCACUCCGCGGUGGCUGGUGAAUUUCUUGGGCAGCUUCAGAUCUAUUCUGCCGAGUUCCAGAUUCGCUUUAAGCCGUCUGUGCCCCGAGGCUUACAAGAUUCAAGAGCCUUCGUCCACGUCAGUCCUUUGAAACACCCCUCCGCAGCAAUUGUUACUGCGCUCCGCGAGUACUGCGACAAGAGCGACGAGCCGAGUAUCCCUGCGCAUAAAAUCAGUAGCAGAGUACCGCCGUUCUAUCUUCGACGACGUCAAGCCCCACACACUCACUCCACGCCCACGCGUCGUGUACAUUCUUUGAUAGUUGGCGACGAAGCACGA